UUGAAACAGACCUUUUGAUCGCCGUGAAAAUGGCGAUGAAGGCUUCUCCAGUCGCAAGCUCAAGCAUAGUUUCACUACUACGCCCUUCUUCUUCUACACGUUUUGAGCCCCUCAAAUCGUCCUUCCUCCGUUACGGUGUGGAAGGACUUAAAAUCCCUAUCCUACGAAUAUCUCACUCGGAUAGGUUAAGUCCUAAUUGCCAUGGCGGUGGUGCUCUUGGUUCUCAUAUGAAUCUUUUCACUCGAUUUGCUAGAGUAAUCAAGUCAUACGCAAAUGCGAUUCUGAGCUCGUUCGAAGACCCCGAGAAGAUUCUAGACCAAGCUGUUGUUGACAUGAACAAUGACUUGAUAAAGAUGCGUCAAGCCACGGCACAAGUUUUGGCAUCUCAGAAACAGUUGGAGAACAGAUAUAAAUCUGCUCAGCAAGCUUCUGAGGAUUGGUACAGAAGGGCACAACUGGCUCUUGGAAAGGGUGAUGAGGAUCUUGCUCGUGAAGCACUUAAAAGACGGAAAUCUUUUGCUGACAAUGCAAAUGCUCUGAGGGUUCAGCUUGAUCAGCAGAAAAGUGUUGUGGAUAAUCUUGUCUCCAAUACGCGGCUUUUAGAGAGCAAGAUACAGGAAGCAAGAUCAAAGAAAGAUGUCCUCAAGGCACGGGCGCAAUCUGCAAAGACUACAACCAAAGUGAGCGAAUUGUUGGGUAAUGUCAACACAAGUAGCGCUCUUGAUGCUUUUAACAAGAUGGAGGAAAAAGUUUUGGCCAUGGAGUCUCAGGCUGAGGCUUAUAAUGAAUUAACAAACGACGAUCUUGAGGGAAAGUUCCGAUUGCUAGAGGGCUCUUCCGUUGAUGACGAUCUUGAGAUCUUGAAGAAAGACCUAUCCGGGAGCUCAAAGAAAGGAGAGCUUCCACCUGGGAGGACUGUUGUCGCAACAGACACGGUGUUUCCUUUCCGAGAGUCCGAGAUUGAGAAGGAGCUGAAUGAAUUGAGAAGAAAAGCCAAGGAUUUCUAGAAUUUAGAUGUUGUCUUCCAAUUCCAGAGAAUUUUGGUUGGUGCAUUGUUAUGGAACUUAUGGAAGGGUUUUGCUCCAACUUUUGUUUUUAUUUCUUUCUGGAAAAUUGCUUAAGAGCAGCCAUGGACCAAAAUACGUAGAUGUAAAGGAGGUAGACACCGGUUGCUUUUCUCAUGAUUUUUGUACAAUUUUAACAAUAAUCUACGCUACAUCAUUCUGCUUUUUUACUUUUAAGUUGUAACUUUCGACAUUAUUUUUUAUUUAAAAAAUCUGCAUGAUUCCCUUGCGCGA